AUGGCUUCAUUCCUGCACUCCAGCCUGCUGAAAACCAUGGCUUCAGGCUUAGUCCUCACUGUAACUGAGCACCUAGCUCCCUCCAUCUGCCCCUGCUCUCAUCCAAUGAAUCAGGGAAUCGAACUUCCAGCACACCAGAUUAACAAUGUCCAAACGGGGUCUCGCAAUCACAAGAAGAGCGAUCAUGGUGGACACUUGCUAUUUGACUGUAUCGGUGUGGACGACAUGUUUGUUAUGCUUUCAAGCUGGCAAAAGACAAAAGUUAAAGAUAAAGUUGAAAAACGUUUGGCAGACAUGUAUGCUGAAGCAGCUGUUUCCAUCACAAUAACCACAUUGACUGAUGUUUUAGCCUUUUAUAUUGGCAUCAUGACACCUUUUCGAUCUGUGCAAUCAUUUUAUGUUUACACUGGUACAACAGUUCUGUUCUGCUUUAUUUAUAACAUUACAUUUUUUGGAGCUGUUCUUGCACUGAACGGGAGAAGGGAAGCCAGUAACAGGCACUGGCUGACAUUCAGAAAGGUUGACAAAGAUCCUAAACCAGGAGGAUCUACACUGACCACCAUGUGUUGUGUAGGUGGGGCUUAUGAUCCGAAAACAGGUACCGAAUCAGAGCAUCCAAUCUACUACUUCAUGAAGGAAUAUUACGGUCCAUUCCUCACCAACGGAUGGACCAAGGCAGCUGUGGUUUUCUUGUGUUUAGGAUAUUUAGCUGCCAGUAUUUAUGGCUGUUUGCAGAUCAAGGAAGGAAUUGAUCUCAGAAAUCUGGCCUUUGAUGAUUCAUACGUGAUUCUGUUCUAUGAUGCACAAAGAGAUUUUUUCUCAGAGUAUGGACCACGAGUCAUGGUCACUGUCACUGAAUCUGUAGAGUAUUGGAAUUCCACUGUGCGGAGUGAUAUUGAAACCUGUAUGGAGAGAUUUGAAAACCUCUCAUAUGUAGAUCGUGAACUGUCAGAGUCCUGGCUUCAUUUCUACGUUAGUGCAAGUAACAGUAUAGAUAUAAACAAGCAAGAUAUAUUCAUGACAAACUUAGCAACAUUCCUUCAGUAUGCCCCUGCAUUCAAACAAGAUAUUGACAUUUCAGAAAAUGAACUGAGCGUUAAUGCUUCACAUUUUUUCAUUUAAACCAUGAAUGUCAAUAGAUCAGUUACUGAGAAAAACAUACUGACUGAAUUAAGAGAUCUGGCAAAGAAAUGUAGAAUUCCCUUGCUGGUAUAUCACUCUGCAUUUAUAUAUUUUGAUCAAUAUCUUGUUAUAGUAUCCAACACAAUACAGAAUGUAGUUGUGGCUGCUCUUGCUAUGCUUCUUAUUGCUUUAUUGUUAAUACCUAAUCCAGUCUGUUCUCUGUGGGUCACACUUGCAAUGGCAUCGGUUUUGGUGGGUGUAACUGGGUUCAUGGCUUUUUGGGGUGUCAAUUUAGAUUCCAUAUCGAUGAUUAAUCUGGUCAUCUGCAUUGGCUUUUCAGUGGAUUUUUCAGCUCACAUUUCCUAUGCAUUUGUUUCAAGUGGCAAAAGCAGUUACAAUGAACGAGCUAUCGAUGCAUUGUAUGCUCUUGGGUAUCCCAUUAUCCAGGGAGCAGUUUCAACCAUUCUGGGUGUGGUUGUGCUGGCUGCUGCAGGAAGUUACAUCUUCAGGACAUUUUUUAAAAUCAUGCUUCUUGUCAUAUCUUUUGGGGCAGUUCAUGGUCUUGUAUUCCUACCCGUGUUUCUAACUUUCUGUGGACUCAAUAAAAAGACAAACAGUGUAAUAGAAGAAAAGGAAACAAAUCAACAGGAAAGAUUUUUGCCAAACAAAGGUCAGUCAAAUUUUGGAAGAACUGACAAUGUAGUAAAUUGGCAGAAAAACCACAUCUAUUACAACGAAGCAUAUGAAAGGCCAAACCCUGGCAAUUUUAAUCUAAAAGGCAAACGUGUGGAAAUGCCUGAUCCAGAUUGUCCAUAAUACUGUGGAUACACAAAGGGGUGGCAGCUGCUGGAUUCUGGACCAACAAACAGUCUGCCUUUCCUCUCUCCCCUGAUGGUUCCCAUUAUUACCUUCCAUAUAUCAAACUCCACCAUUGGUAGCCUUUGUAUUCCUGCUUAUCAUCCCCUAGGAUCUGUCCCCAACCUCACCCUCCCCACCCUCAAUCUUCCUCCUUUUCUUUGUCUGGUUCCAUCUUAUCAUGUCUCUGAACUCCACCGCUCCCUUGCCCCUCCCUCAUUAGAUCUGUUUGUCAUCCUCCCUCCCUCAGUCCACUAAUCACU